AUGAUAUUUUCUUUCUACAUUUUCCACCGGCACCAGUGCAUCUACUCGAUUCUGCUCUCGCAUCGCGAGGAGGCCUUUAUAGACGGCGCCGGCGGGGAGUCGAGUGUCUCUACACCAGGCGCGGGUUCGACUUUGUUCCUGCCAACGGCCGCGGGCCUGUCAGCGAACUCUGGCCGCCCUGGCACUCGCCAAGGCGCGUCGACGGAUGGAAACUUGGCGGCGGGCGCGUCGCUCGGAGGCGGCUCCCAAGCAAGUUUGCUGCCGAGGGGCGCUUCCGCGGCCGGCAAGGCUGCGGAGGACAGUCGCGGCGCCCUUGCCAAAGGAGGUGUCGGCUCUGAGGCUGGGAAUCCGCACACGCGCCAGCAGCAGCACCUCGAGAAACUCCUCAGCGGCCUGCUUUUCUCGAUGAAAACCUUCUGCGAACAAAUCGGACCCCAACCCCAACAGCCCGGCGGGCUGCAGAGCGGCGGCGGGAGAGGAGGCGGCAGCGUCGCCAGUCAGCUUCAGCAGCGAAGAGCCUGCGCUGCCAUCGGCGGUCCCUUCCACGCCUUCACCACCUCCACGUACAAACUCCAUUGCCUCGAAACUCCGACAGGCUACAAAUUCGUCUGCCUCACGUCACCGGAGGUCCCCACGCUGCGCGACAGUCUUCACCACAUUUAUGUCGCGUUCUUUGUCGAGUUUGUCGUGCAGGCGCCCGGCUACCUGCCCGGUCUUGCGGUCACUCAGCCGAUCUUUGUGGAGCAGCUCGUGGCGUUUCUAAAGUCGCUUCCUUACUACACCUGA